AUGCCGGAUAUGCUGUCAGGUGCAAUGUAAUAUAUUUUUCUUGACUACCAAACUUGGCCGCCAGCCUCAGGACCAGAUAAAAGGCAGAUUUCUUUCCAGUGAUUUUCUCAAGUCUCGUCCUUGCACUUUACAAAAGAUCAUGUGCACUUCAUGGUCGUCCUCUAUUCUGGCUUGUUAUCAACCUGGUCAGAAACCAUCUAGCUCAGCCUCGACGCCGCCAUCAUCAUCCGCGUCGAUGCUCAUGGCUCACACAUUAAAGGAGCCACAAUGCUGCCAUUGCGGAUGGAGGGGAGCCCACGCUCCGGGAUGUCCUUUCAAGUAACGGAAUGAGAUCUGUGUACAUUUAUUGUGCUUCUCUUCUUUCCGUCGUCGUCGCUUACUACCCUUUCGACUCCAGAUCUCUUACACACACCGUUCAUUCCACAUCGUUCUUUCAUUGUUGUCGUUGCUUUUUAUUGCUGUCGUCCUUCCCCCGUCCGCGUUCCGCACAUAUUUUAAUAUCCUCCUCCGUAUUUGUAUCAUGCAUGAGCUACACCAAUUGGACUUGGACUUUCUGUUUUUAUAUAAUUCAGAUACUUGAAUCUGCAAUUACUGUGCUCGACAAAUGAUUGUUAUCUGUGCCUGCCUUGUCAUCUGCGCAAGUACCAUGAGAGAUUUGGGG